GCCGGCUCGCCGCCCCCGACCCCACACCCCAGCAUGCCGCCGCGGCCGCACGCGGCGCCACCCGUGCUCGCCGCGGCCGCGUCCCUCAGAGCCGCGGCCUCCGCGAUGGUCGAAGGGGGCGGCGACCCGGCCGUCCUCCACGCGGUCCUCGUCAAGACCGCCUCCUGCUCCCGCGCCGCAUACAGCUUCCUCCUCUCCCGCUACCCGCCGUCGCGCUCGCUGCCCCUCCUCUCCCGCCUCCCGUUCCGCCCCACCGCCGGAUCUCUCACCACGUCCCUCGCCUCCGCCUCCUCUUCCUCACCGUCCUCCGCGCUCUCGCUCCUUCGCGGCGUCCUCGGCGCGUCGCCGGCCUUCCUCGCCGACGGCCCGCUCUCCUCCCUCCUCCGCUCCAUGGCGCCGUCCCUCGCGCCACACUUGCACGCCCUCGCCUUCAAGCUCGCCCUCUCCUCGUCCCCCUACUCAGCUUCUUGCCUUAUUACCCUGUAUGCCCGAUCCCGGUCUCCCACGGCCGCGCGCCACCUGUUCGAUGAAAUCCCCGUUCCAAGUCGGGACCACGUAUGCUACUCUUCCACAAUUGUUGGGCUCGCACAGAAUGGGCAAUACGAAGAAUCUCUCUCUGUGUUUGCGGAUAUGCGCUCAAAGGCUGUUGAUUCGACCAUGUAUGCACUGUCCGGUGCUCUCCGGGCGGCAGCAGGGCUUGCUGCGCUGGAGCAAACUUGUGGGAUUCAUGCGCAUGCGGUGGUGGUCGGUAUUGAUGGAAACGUGGCUGUUGGGACCGCUCUGGUGGAUGCUUAUGGUAAGGCCGGAGUUGUGGACGACGCAGUGAAGGUGUUUGAGGGGUUGGGUGGUGACCGGAACUUGAUCACGUGGAAUGCAGUGUUGUCUGCGCAUGCUCAGCAGGGAGAUGUGCAAGCAGUUGUUGGACUGUUUGACCAGAUGAUAGAGCUGGGCUUUGCCCCUGAUAGGCUAACAUUCCUUGCUGUUCUCACAGCAUGUAGUAAUGCCGGAGCGGCCGCUGAGGCUGAAUUUUGGUUGGAAGCAAUGCAGUCCAAGUACAAUAUGAAGCCUGGCCUUGAGCAUUAUACUUGUGUGGUGGGUGCAAUGGCACGGGUUGGGCGUCUAGAGGAUGCAGAGAGUGUUGCUUGUACAAUGCCAUGCAAGCCGGAUGCAGCGGUGUGGCGGACGCUUCUAAUGGGCUGUGUGGUUCACCGCAAGGUUGACAUGGCAGAAUCCAUGGGACAACGGCUUUUGGCCAUUAAUCCCAAGGAUGACUCAACUUAUGUCAUGCUUGCCAAUGUCUACUCAGCAGCAGGGAAAAAGGAUGAGGAGGCUGCGUCAUGGACUGCAAUGAGGGACUGUGGAGUCAGGAAGGAAGGUGGUCGGAGUUGGAUUGAGAUUAGAGGGCAGGUACAUGUGUUUGUCGCGAAUGAAAGAAGGCACCAACAACUUCUGGAGAUAUAUGACAAGCUGAAUGAAUUGAUUCAAGAGGUAGAGAAGUUAGGGUACAAGGAGGUGGACGAGGGGUUAUGGCAUCAUAGCGAAAGGUUGGCCCUCGCUUAUGGGUUGAUCAGUGGUGCUGUACCAUCAGGAAAAGUGUUGAGAAUAGUUAAGAACUUGAGAAUAUGUGCUCAUUGUCAUGAAUUCUUCAAGUACGCAAGCAUGGUGGUCGAUAGAGUAAUUGUAGUUAGGGAUGUCAAUAGGUACCACACGAUUAAAAAAGGUGCUUGCAGCUGCAGAGACUACUGGUGAGGUACUUAAUCCUGAGGAUAAACUAUGGUCCCAGAACCAUUUGUGUGGUUUUUCAGAUAGAGCAUGUGAGUCCAGAAGAACUUACUGCAGAGUUUAUUGGAAGCUUGCUUGUGCUGGUUACCAUAGUCCAUUAGUCCGUAGGGUGAGUCCCUUCAUUACAUGAUUGAAAUUUUGAAGAGAACUGCGGUUUCAUGGUGUUGCUCAGACACCAUACCAUCUUGUGAUUCAUGAAGCAUGAAUCUGGAUGACAGCGAUGCUCUUUAUAUGCAAUCACUUUGGGAACCAUUUUUGCCUGCUAGUUAACUGUUUGGGGUCUCUCAGAUGCCCCAGUUCAGUCGUGUCUAAUAGUUGCCACUUGUUUUCGUCCUGGAGCUGGUUUGCUCUUCUCUUUCCGGCAAUAUAAACUGCUGAGAGGAAGUAGCAUUCCUCAGUUUGUCUGUAGCUGUGUAGCAUCCCAUUGAUGACUGUUGAAAGCAAUUAACUCCACAGCAGAAGACUUGUUGAUUUGAGGGAACAAGGGAACAAGAGUAGUGCAAAAAAUGCACUAUCGGAACAUGGAGCAGGACAAGUUGACUAUUAUUUAAGACUCGGAAAAUCGUUUCCAGAUGCAAAAAACUGCGAUCUGAUCUCAAGAACUGCACUGCAAGCUUUAUAAGUUAUGGGCCCCGAAGUCAUUAUUCAUCCAAGCUGCAAAAGGAAACAAGGGUUUUUUUUAGGACUAAAGGAAAACAGGAUUGAAAGAAGGAACCUGCAGAGACCAAGCAUGAGGGCUCCAGACGAGAACGCUCGUUGCAAGCUGGGGGAUGAGCUCUUCUUCAGGCAACCUGGCUCGGUCUCAAGCAUUCGCAAACCAGUGGCUUCUUCAGUGGCCAACAGGAGCGCAGGACGAAUCUUUGAUCAGAUCAAACUCCGUUGCAACUGCCCUGCAAAAAGCGGUCGCACACGUCUGCCAAGGUUGCCGUGAACCUCUGAAAGUCUGAAUCCGAAUUGAAAGGGACCAAUGCACUGUGGAACGGAGAAAAGGGUCUUGUCACAGCGGCGCUCCCUCUCGUUCCUCUGGAGGAAAACUGGCAGAGCAUGGCGCGCUGAUGGAGAUGGACCUUUUCACCCGGCUCGGCUUAAAUGUGCAACGAGGCAGGCAGCAGGUCUUCCCCUCGCUUUUCACCUACUCGUUCGACGUUUCAGUGAUGAACGGGCAGGCGAGCAGCGAAUCCUGAAGCCCCCUACCCCCAGGCGACCUUGUGGUGUGGUGUGGUGUGGCCGUGUGGGUCAUGAUCAUCCGGUCAUGCCUGAAUCCGAGCUGCCGAGCAAAUCAUUUACCACCACACCCUGCGCUGCUGCAGCGCGGCUCGACUCCACCGUUGCCAACCAGUGGUCUAUGGACUGUGUGUCUGUGACCCGCCAGGCUCUCGCCGACCAUGACCAGGAAAACGAAACCCUGUUCAAACUUGAUGCUGCGGUUGACCAAAAAAAUGCUCAGUCCUAGUGUGCUGCUAUUGC